AUGGAUCAUUCGCAUCAUCAUGGACACGGAGACAUGGAUGCCAGCCCCGCUGCAAUGUGCUCGAUGAACAUGUUGUUCACGUGGGAUACCACGAAUUUGUGCAUUGUCUUUCGCAGCUGGCGGAUCACUGGUUUCAGCUCUCUAGUGAUUUCACUUAUUGCCAUUGUUGCAUUAUCAGCCGGCUAUGAAGCCAUCAAGGAGGCGGCGCGGCAGUUCGAAGCACGCAGUGCGACUGGUAUAGCCAAAGAUGCUAACAACAUUGCGCAACAACGGGCACAGUUGAUCAAAGCUGUCUUCUAUGGCGUCCAAGUCUUUUAUUCGUUUUUCAUCAUGCUGAUCUUCAUGACAUACAACGGCUGGGUCAUGAUCGCGGUUGGUGUGGGCGCCACUGUAGGCCAUCUUGUGUUCGGCGCAUCGUCUUCGCCUACCAAAAGUGCUGCAUGCCAUUGA